CAGCAGUGUCAAAUCAAACAAUCAGUUACAAAUUCCGAUACAUUUUGCACUGCCGAAAAGGUUGUUUUAGUUUAGUGGCGAUAAACUUUUCGCGUUUUUUCCUGAAAACCUGCGGUAUAUUUUAUUUGUUUGUCAAUUCGACGUUGUUUAGUGUUUUCGGUUUAGCAAAUUUGCCGGAAUUUUUGGCAAUGGCUCCAAGUAAGAAUGCGGGUGGUGGAAGGAAAAAAGCCGCCAACGGUUACCAGAUGCCAGCUCCGGUGCCUCUGGGUACGAUUCUAACCGAUAUGUCUAAGCGUCAGUGGAAAACCGGUCCUUCCAUCGGCAGCGGGGGGUUUGGCGAAAUUUAUUGCGCUUGUGAAGCUGGAUCCAGCGUAAAAAAAGCAGACGAUUAUCCGAAUGUUGUGAAGAUUGAACCCCACGGAAAUGGUCCAUUGUUUGUGGAAAUGCAUUUCUACAUGCGUAACGCCAAGCAGGAUGAUAUUGAAAAGUUCAAAAAAGCUCAUGGCUUAAAGCAUCUGGGAAUGCCUUAUUUCGUAGGUAAUGGUUCUCAUGAGCUGCAAAACUUGAAGCACCGUUUCUUGAUAAUGCCUCGCUAUAGCUACGAUUUAUGGGGCAUCUUCCUCAAGAACAACAAGUGCUUUCCACUGUACACGAUCUAUCGGAUUUCACUACAGAUGCUAGACGUUUUGGAGUACAUUCAUGAGUGUUCCUAUGUGCACGCUGAUCUAAAGGGAGCAAAUAUUUUACUAGGUUUCGGUAAGGUGGCCAGUAAACAGCAACUGUUUUUAGUUGAUUUUGGUCUUACCAGUCAUUACACGACAAAGGAUUUUAAACCCGAUCCGAAGAAAAUGCACAACGGCACGAUUGAGUACACAUCGAGAGAUGCACACCAGGGAGUGCCAACAAUGCGAGGGGAUAUGGAAAUAUUAGCGUACAAUUUAAUUCAAUGGGCAGGGACGCUGUUGCCCUGGGAAGCGGAAAAACUGCUUGCAAAUCCAAAUAAAGUUCAAGAAUCGAAGGAAAAGUACAUGAAAGACGUGAGUGGAUUCAUGAAAUAUUGCUUUAAAAAGGAAAUACCGAAGCCAUUACAUGAGUAUACUAAAUACGUUGCCACGUUGAAAUACGACGAAAAACCGGACUACCAGAAAUGUAGAAAAAUUUUCGAAUUAGGUCUCAAAGAGCUAGGUAAAUCGAAUUCCGGUGAUCUGGAGUUUGAAAUCAAAACAGCUUCGAAAAAGCAGAUAUCUGUCGCUGAUUCAACGGAGUCGUCAGGACCGAUGGCUCGGCCACGUGGAAGACCUGCAAAAGUUAUUAGCACUUCUCCGGAUACAACUUCGUAUACGGAACCGGUGAAACGAAAACCGGAGACACCGUCGAAAGCAACUCAGCGAAAGAAAAGAAAUGUCGUUGUAGAAUCCCCUGAGCCCGUACUGCAUGGCAACAGAACUUCGACCCCAUCGUCCGAUGCCAUUUCAACGAAACUUUCCUCCAUGCAACAAACCGGAUCUAUCAGACUGACCACCAAUGGCGGGAGCGGAAGCACACCAAAAUCCAAGAGUAAUGUGAAGAAAACAUAUGCUUUCAAUUUCGAACUCGAUGUUAGCAUUGAUGCCGAUGUAAUCGUAAACGUUCGCCGCAAGAAAAAAGAAUCCUCCACUCCGAAGGGAACACCAAACAUGUUUUCUACGUUAUCGGAGCAAAGAACCACUCGGGCAUCACCGUCGCCCGCUCCUACACCCUCGCCACCGAAACGUUCUCGGCGACAGAAUGCUUCGUACCAGCCAAAUAGUACUACAGAAGAUACCAGUGUGAGUGUGAUAUCACUCAAUACUACCGAGGAACACUCUGCUGUUCAUCCGGACGACGAUACGGUUCCCAACAGUGAUCCGAACACCCCAGAACCUCGUUAUAAUGCUUCUCGGUCAAUCAUCCAAACACCGAGUCGAGGACGUAAAGCAGCCACAUUGGUUAAAAGCAACGCACGAAUCGGUGAAACUGUUCGGGCAGGCGAGUACAAAGGCAAGAAGGCGAAAUCAUAACCAGUGGACUGAGUAAAAAAAUACGGCAUUUUCUGCGCAACUGAUGCCCCUGGAGCUUUUGUUUCACUAAAUAGUUUUUUACUGUCAAAUUUUAAAUCGUAUUAUUUAAAAUUAGUGCCACCAUUGUACUUGUUA